AUAAAUAAGGAGUGUUUGUAGAGUGUAGACUCAGAUCAUUUUCAUUAACACUAAAAUAUAUUUCAGUAAAUUUAUUUUCUGUGAUUAUUAAAAUUAUGAAAUAUAUUUAUUUUAUAAAUAAAGUUUUUACAAUGCGGUUUAAUAAACUAUAAUAUCAUACGAGAACAAUGAAAAAUAUGCUUUGUUUAAAAAACAUAGAUGUUUGAAAAAAUUCAGAUUUUUCAAAGAAAAUAGCAGUAGAUAGUGCUGCCAAGUGACGUGGUUUCAAGUCAAUUUAGUUUUAUUUUUAAAGACCCUUUAAAGUCAGGACAUGUAAUUUUUCCGCUCGUCAGUCAGAAGAUAAAAUUCCUGAGUCGUUCCUCAAAGAAGUUGUGCCAAUUCAUCUUACAUGUUAACUGUUCCAACAGUGAAAAAACAACACACAUCGUAAACACCUUGAUUUAAAUUGUUGUAAGGAAAUGAAAAACGCAUGCGCCAAUUGUAGCUAAGAAAUCUACAAUUUAGAACCAGACCUGUUAAAGUGGUGUUGUGUGAAUCACUUGAUUGGUCUAUGAAGAUUUAAGUAGGUUAAGCUGAUCUAAACAAAAUUUUCAAGGAUGAACUGGAUGAGCUAGCUAAAAUUAUUCUAGUGAUGGAAAAUAGAUAGUAUUUUAAAAACACUUUAAAACUGUCACAAUGGAGCUCAAUUCAAAUUAUGAUAAUUAUUGGCCUGCAGCGCAGCCCCAAGCCCAAGAUGCAGCUCAAACAUUUCCAACUACUUUUAAUUAUCCACCUCCAUCUUUGUCGCAACCACCACCUUCUCUUUCACAGCCUCCACCAGCUCUACCAAACUAUACCCAAAAUGUCAAUUAUGGGUAUUAUACCAAUCAGUCAUACUAUCCUUCAGCACCAGUACCAAAUACAACAACAUCUUAUCCUGAUGGUGCUUCUUAUCCAAUUUAUAAUGGUCAAACUCCAGCACAAUCGCAAUUUCAAAACAAUUCAUAUUACCCAUCGAAUUUUGCGCAAAAUCAAAAUAGUCUUUAUAAUUGGAACCAAAAUUACUUUCAUCAAGAAGGAAGUAAAACUGAUACAUCCAAAUGGGUUGGUGGCAAUUCAUCUAGAUCUGAAAAUGCAAAUAGUAAAUACAAUACUAUUUUAAAUAAAAAUUCAUCAGACGUAAAGUAUAGAGCUUUAAACAAUGGUAGACAGCGAUCUAAAAGCCCUGAAAGCCGUCAUAGUUUUGUCAAUCAUAACUCGAGGGGAAAGUAUGAUAAUUAUUCUGCUAGAAGCAGUAGCAGAAAUAGAAACAGAAGUAGAAGUAGGAAUAGAAGUCAUAAUGAUAGUAGGUAUAGUAAUAGAAGUCGACACAGGAGCAGGAGUCGAAAUAGAAGUAGAAGCCAAAGCAGAAGUAGAAGCAGAGGUCAAAGAAUAUCAAGGGACCAUUACAAACAAAGGAGUAGAAGUAGAGAUAUAAGAUCAUAUACCAGUUAUUCAAGCAGAACAAAUAGAUCUGCAAGUAAAAAUACCAGAAGAUCAAAAAGUCGAACCAGAAAACGUUCUAGAUCACAAGAUUCACAUUUUCAAACAAAUCGUUCUAAUAAUCAAUCUAAGUCUAAACAACCUAGUGAAAGAGAGUUAUUAUUAGCAAAGUAUAGACGAAAUUAUUGUUUAAGUAGCGAUGACAUUAGAAAAAAGUUAAAUGAAUUAGAAAAUGUUGUUGAACAAAGAAGUUGGAUUAGAAGCGCACCUGCAGAUUUAUAUUAUGCCAGAGAUGAAAAAAAUCCCAAAAUUACCAAAGGAACUGAAAAGUUAAAUUUUUUGUGUGUACGAUUCAAAGAUUCAAUUCUUGAUAGGGCUGCUAAGGUCAGAGCACAGCUUCCUCCUUAUCAACCACCAGCCAGAAAAACAAAGGGUCGUGUUUGUAAACACAAAUCUGAAGUUUGCAGUUCAUCUUCUAGUGAUGAAGAUUCUCCAGAUGAAGAUGAUAAUGCUAUGGAAGAACUCAUGACUAAAAAACAACAUCCUUACAGGUUGCACAGUGAAAUGUGGUUCAAUGAUCCUGGAGAGAUGAACGAUGGUCCAUUGUGUCGAUGCAGUGCUAAAUCGCGUAGGUCUGGUAUUAGACAUGGUAUUUAUGCUGGUGAAGAUGCUUUGGAAAAAUGUGAUCCAAAUUCCAACAAUGCCGACAAAUUACAUCAUUACCGCAUAACAAUUAGUCCACCUACAAAUUUCCUCACCAAAACUCCCACAAUUAUAGACCACGAUGAGCAUGAGUUUAUUUUUGAGGGGUUCUCUAUGUUCUCGCAUUUUCCAUUGAUUAAACUGCCUACUUGUAAAGUGAUUCGAUUCAACAUAGAAUAUACAAUAAUGUAUGUUCCAGAAAAAAUGCCAGAAAACUUUACAAUUCGUGAACUUGAUUAUUUUCAUGAUUACCUAUUCCAAGAAAUCUUAGAGUUGGUUGAUUUUGAUUUGCAUGCUGCUCAAGAUAAAACAGGCUGUAAACAGUUUCAUUUCAUGCCAAGAUUCGUUCGAGACUUGCCUGACAAUGGACAAGAAAUUUUAUCGAUGAACGAGGUAUUGACUUACCUCAUGAAAAGCAGUACUUUGCUUGUUGAUCCUGAUGAGUUGCCGAAGCUCAUUGAAAAACCCCAAUACGAGUGGCAAGAUUUUGCCGACGAAGUCAAGGGUAUGGUUGUUACUUAUCCAGGCAAGAAACCAUGCAGUGUGCGCGUUGAUCAGCUUGACAGAACACAAGUAAAUCAACCCGUUGGUGUCGUUGCCUAUCCAGAAAUUGUACACUUCGGUAUAAGGCCACCGCAACUUAGUUAUGCCGGAAAUACGGAUUAUCAAAAAGCGUGGCGCGAAUACGUCAAAUUUCGCCAUUUACUUGCCAAUAUGCCGAAACCUACGUUCGAAGAUAAACGUAAGCUCGAAGCUAAAGAAAAUAAGCUGCAAGAGCUUCGUACUCAGAGCAAAAUGAAGCGCGAUGUGACCGUUGACGUAUCCUCAGCCGGAUUUUACCGAACCGGUAUCAUGUGCGAUAUCGUUCAGCAUGCUAUGCUUAUACCAGUGCUGGUAUGCCAUUUGAGAUUCCACAAAUCGUUAGCCGUUCUUGAGCAGACUCUCAAUUAUAAAUUCAACAAUAGAUAUUUAUUACAACUGGCUUUAACGCAUCCGAGCUACAGAGAGAAUUUCGGUACUAAUCCUGAUCACGCUCGUAAUUCUCUGACCAAUUGCGGCAUUCGACAGCCUGAGUACGGAGAUCGCCGAAUUCAUUACAUGAAUACGCGUAAGCGUGGCAUCAACACUCUUAUCAACAUCAUGUCGCGUUUCGGCGCCAAAAAAGAAACCGAGUCUUCUAUCGCUCACAAUGAGCGUCUCGAGUUCCUUGGGGAUGCCGUUGUAGAAUUUCUCACGUCGAUUCACUUGUUCCACAUGUUUCCGGAUCUUGAGGAAGGUGGCUUGGCCACUUAUCGAGCGGCUAUCGUUCAAAAUCAGCAUCUAGCUGUACUGGCGAAGAAACUUAACUUGGAUCAGUUCAUGCUUUAUGCCCAUGGCAGCGAUCUGUGUCAUGAUUUGGAAUUGAGGCAUGCAAUGGCUAAUUGUUUCGAAGCGCUGAUGGGUGCGCUUUUCUUGGAUGGCGGCAUUGAAGUGGCCGAUCGCAUUUUCGGAGAAGCUCUGUUCCAGAAUGAGGACGAUAUGCUUAACACUUGGGCCAAUUAUCCAAAACAUCCUUUGCAAGAACAGGAGCCUCUUGGUGAUCGUCAGUGGAUCGGCAAUUACGAGCUUUUGCAGAAGCUCACCAAGUUCGAAGAAUCGAUCGGAAUCAAUUUUACUCAUAUUCGUUUAUUGGCUAGAGCCUUUACCGACAGAAGCAUUGGUUACACGAAUUUGACCCUUGGUUCUAAUCAGCGAAUGGAAUUUUUAGGCGAUACAGUCCUGCAACUCAUUGUGUCUGAGUAUCUUUAUAAGCAUUUCCCAGAGCAUCACGAAGGUCAUCUGUCGUUAUUGAGAAGCUCUCUGGUAAAUAACAAAACUCAAGCGGUAGUCUGCGACGAUCUUGGUAUGACGCAAUACGCCGUUUACGGCAAUCCCAAAGCCGAACUCAAGACCAAAGAUCGAGCUGAUUUACUCGAAGCUUUUCUCGGUGCUCUCUAUGUUGAUAAAGGUUUGAAAUACUGCGCCGUUUUUUGCAAUGUGUGCUUCUUCCCAAGAUUGCAAGAUUUCAUUAUGAAUCAAGACUGGAACGAUCCAAAAAGCAAGUUGCAGCAGUGCUGUCUUACGCUCAGAAGUAUGGACGGUGGCGAGCCUGAUAUUCCAUUAUACAAAGUCAUCGAAUGCAAAGGGCCUACAAAUACACGUGUUUAUACUGUUGCUGUAUAUUUCCAAGGAAAGCGUUUGGCCAAGGCAUCUGGUCACAGUAUUCAAGAAGCAGAAAUGAACGCCGCCAAAGAAGCACUCGAGAGAUCGCAAGCCUUAUUUCCCCAGCUCGAUCAUCAAAAGCGCGUCAUCGCCAAGAGCAUGAAGAUGCACAAUUGGACGCAAAGUACGCCCAAAUCAGCGCAGUCAUCGAGCCGCAACAAAGGUGGCAGUAGCAAUAAUAAUUCAGGUGACGAGAAUCGAAGUCGACGCAGUAGACGCAGCAGGUCACGCGAGCGCAACGAAAGGGAGAGAUCAUCUCGGUCUCGUGAUCGUUACGACAGCGCCGAUCGGCGCUUGCUUGAGAGCAGUAGCGAUAGUGAUACUGGCAAAGCUAGAAGUCCGAGUCCGAUUAAUUACAUUAAUUACGCGGACGACGACAGUUCCGACGAGGAUUACGUCGAUUCUUAUAAACCGAAACGUACUCUUUCUCAAACCACAGAAAAGUUAACGAUCGAGGAGAUAGACCCAAACGUCGAGGAAGAUGGUGAAAAUCCAGCGUCGAAAAAAUUUAAAACUAACGAUACCAACACUGCUGAUAAUGACCUUAAAGUUGCCGAGUAGUUGUGCGAUUCGUUGACCUAGUACAAAAACUUGUUUAUAUUUUUAGCUGACAGUUUUUGUUCGGCUAGGCUGAUGAAGCGUAUCAACUCUGCAGGUUGUGACAAAAUAUAGUGCCAGGCUGAGUGAUAAAAGAUUUUUUGAGAGCAUUUUUAUUUGAUUUUUUGUUAAUUAAUUUUUGAAGGCUAAUACGCACUCACAGCUCAAUUGAAUUAUCAGAUAUUAUUAAUCUAAUUUAUGUAUAAUU